CUGCUUAAUUCAAAUCCGAUGUUUCUGGACUUAAGCAAUACAGCUUGUCCUUCUCUGCCAAUGGACGAUGAAAAUAACUUGGAUAACUCGUAUUUUGAUGAGACAGUGCAUUUUCGACUCACCGAUCUGUGCGAGAAAGUCCUUGGUGAGGCAUUGGAUAAGCGUGAGCAAGUGGGUAACUGGGCGAUGCGUCCUCUUCGUUACGAGCAAAUGAUGGAAUAUUCUAUGGAUUGGGCAAAGCAUAUGCUAGAUGCCGACAUAACCCGUCUUGCGGAAAAGGAAGAUAAGAAAGCGAAGAAGAAAGCAGUCAAGUUUGAUGAAGCUGAAUUUCAAAAAAUGAUCCAGCGUGUCAACGAUGAUCUGGAUAACACGAUGAACCAAAUGAGACCAAAAGAUCUGAAAAUAAUUGUCGAUUCGAUGAUGCUUGGUUUGGGCAAACAUUUGAGAAGGUGA